GAGUUGGGAAUUUAGAUAAAACAAUUUUAUUAGAAUAAAAUUUGUUUCCGAUAACGAGGUUCAAUAGUUUGGUCAGUGUAACGAGUAGGAGUAACAGAGAGGUCUGAUGAGAAGACGGUUUCGCUGCCUCUGUGUCAACUCUUAACUACACUUUGCCAUCACCACCUCCUUCUCUUCUCUUCUCUGCUCUUCUCCAUCUUAACACAGGACCAGAUUAAUUUUAACUUGGCUUGGGCAACUUACUAGAACUAUUUGAAAGAACUUCAAAACCAAGGCCUGGAGGCACAAAUCCAUCCUUGUUGCAAAUGAGGUCACAACUGCCAAGUCCUGAACAACUCAAUCCUUCCAUUGAGAAGACGAGAUCACAACUGCGGGUUCGAGAAAAGACAUCUGGUUCAUCUUCCUCAAAGAAGAGGGCAAAGAAGUCCUAUCCUUCUGUUAUCCGGCGGUCCGAACGAAUUCAAAAUGUUGUUCAGCCGUAUCAAAAUCGUGAUAUAGAACCUGUGGUUGAAGAAAUAGCUGUUAGUGAUAGUGAAAAAGAAGAUGAGCCGCUAGCUCAGGGCGAAAAGGAAUUAGAUGAGCCAACCUCAUGUGAACAAAACUUACAUGGAAAAAUUGAUUAUGUAGUUAAACURCUAGAAACUCAAGGAAGAGCCAUAAAGGUACUGAAAACUAAGAAUUUGCUGAGUGAAAGCUUAUCACCAACAGAGGUUAGAUACAAGAGCUUAUAUAUUGAAUCCCAAAAAAAGAAAUGGUACCUUAUCGAUUCAUGCCAGGUUCAAACCUUAAUGGAUGAAAACCAGCAGCUUACUCAGAAGUUGGAAACUGCCCUUUGUAAAGUUGAAGCAUAUGAGAAAGGGAAUCAAAAUUUUUCUGAAGUGCUGGAGAAACUGAAGGAUGUGAUGUUAGUCUCCAAUCUCACCAAAGUUACUGAAACAGCCGUCAAUGCUUCUUCUCAAGCAAUUCGUGAGGCUAUGUCUUCAGGCAUGGGUCGAAAAGCCAAGACCUCUGCAGCCAAGGGAAAGAAAAGGACAAAAACAAAGUGAACAGAGUUUAAAUAUUGGAUUUGUAAAGACCAUCAUCUUAUCUUCUCUUUUCAACUUGAGAGCAACGUCUCUCAACUAUGUUAUUAAGCUGUUAAGUAUGUCUAAAACUCACUGAAUCUUUAUUUUUGUGAUAUGUUUUGGAAGUAGUUGCAACGGUACCACUAUUCACCACUAAAA